CGAAUUGGAAGCGAACACACGAUAUUUGGUUCACAAUACCCUUUCCCACUGACCCUAGUUCAAGUGGUACACUCAUUGGCGUUGAACGGUUGUGUGGUUGAAAAUCGAGUGCCUCCGUGGACCACUGUCAGGGAGCAGGUUUCCAAACACGUGUCAGGACACCCGAAGUUUCUCCUUUGUGCUGUUGCAGAACCCUUAGCGCCAGUGCCACAGUGGCCUUUGUUCCAGUGGCGAUCAGUCCACUGUGCAGUAGUCCACAGUUGAACUGCUUUGUCUGACCGCCAGGCGAAUCUGUAUAUAAACCUGACGCGUCCUAACGGUGCCAUGAUACACUCACUAUCCAUCUUAUGAACAUGAGCAGGCUCACCCCACCACUGUCGCUCCUUAGUAAUUUAAGCGCUGUAUCGGCAUCAACCACCACAGAGGAAGAGAAUACAGUAUUUGUCACCGAGCAGUUUCUCCCUCGCAAGCAAGAUGCCGUCUUUGGUGAUCAGUUUGUCUUCCAAACGUCAGAAACCAACCAACAUAUCCGCGCGAGGCUAGUCAUGCUCUCACCAUUCCCGUGUGACGCCCGUCCGUUUGCCAAAUCGGUAGCGUUUCUUUCCAGUCGCUCUGGAUCCAUCAAGGCCGAAGUUUUUCGUACACCCGGUGCAGAGAAUCACUUCUUUCGCCUGUAUAUUUUCGCAUGCUCAGCCGGUGUGAAAAUCAUAUUACCCCCCUCUUUCCGGGGCACCGUGUCCAUCAACGACUACGAAAGUCUCCGUCGGAAGAGACAAAUUUGUUGCGGUCGUGCUUUCAACAAGCGCAUGCGCAGAGGUUUCAUCAAGCUUGGUUCAUCAUGUGGGCUCGAAAAUGAUGACGAAGUUCUCAUCCACGCCGAAGGAAAGAUUGAGCUAAGGCUGAGAACGGAGGGUGAUGUCAAUGAUAGGGUUUGGUCUCGGAUGGAUCGUGGCAUGCGGAAGAUUUUUCAACGGCGUCUAGGGUCCUCUAGGUCGGCGUUGGGGGGCGGUGGGGGCAGUUCUUGAAUUCAGUUAUCUGUAUUGUAUUGGUUCAGCGCUGUCAGGAUACAGCUCUUAGUAUUCAAGUUAGUGUAAAUCGUGAAACUUGUACUUGUAAUGGACAUUGUUGUACGGGAGAUCUACUAUCCGAUGAUGUGACACGUGUUUGGAUCACAGGCGAGGCACGCGGAGUACAUUGUCGAACCGAAGUAGAAGACCGAUUGUUC